CACUCCACUUCGCACCGCGCAAAAGAACGCGAAAAAGGGAAGCAAGCGGAGUUGACAUUUUCUACCAGAGACAAACAAAUCGAUAUUUAAAAAGUUACUACACAAGGAGCAAGAAAAGUCUUUAACGCAAUUUUGUAUUUAUUUUUAACUUAUAUAGUAUUAAAAAUUAUAUAUAGUUACAAAUUUACAAGUUAACAAUAGUAGCAAAAGGGCAAAUAAUCCUAAAAAACAUGAACAACAAAGCAAAUAAUGGUUAUCCGUAUGAUGCGGCUCAACAAGGCGCAUAUCAGCAAUAUGUGAACAGCCAAAUUCCCGCGCACGCACAGCUACCGCCAUCUUACAACUCCGUGGUAACGAGCAUGACACCGGCCGGUUAUCCACCGUAUCCGCCGGGGAUUGUUCACCAGCAGCAGUUCUAUCCGACCAGCUGGAGCGUGAAUCCGUCCGCACCGCAGGCCGCCCCGAUGCAGUACGCUCCUCACCAUCUUCCCCCGCCGCCCCCGUAUGCCGCUGCCACCCAACAGGCAGCCGUUGCGGCCAUUCCGGCUCAAUCCGUACAUCCGACGAUGUAUCAGUAUCCGAUUGCGACCGCUCCGCAACCACAACCACCACAAGUGUAUCAUCAAACGCCAAUGUAUCAGGUCCAGGGUGCAAUGUAUGACGCAGGGGCACGGUUCGGCAAGUCCGGUGGGUCGGCCUCGAUUCCCCCUCCGCCACCUGGAAUCGCCCCCAACGCAGCCCAGAUAGCCGCCAUGCAAGGCCAGCAGGUUGUGAUGACCAAAAAGAAGAACAACUUCCUGCACGGUGGCAACGGAUCCGGUUUUACAUUCUGGUAAGCACCGAACUCUUCGGCGCAAACGUGUUUCGUUCUGCGCGCUGCUCAUAGCGGUCACCCAGAAAACCACUUAUUAUCCAGUGAUGCCGUAGUUUUCUAGUAUACUGAUUGGUUCAGUUUAGGAGUGAAGCCCUCCGUUCCAUUUAUUUACACCUGGCAGACUUAUAUAUUUUUUGUUUCUCACUGCCAGGAAAAAAUGCCAUUGAUGUAUUUCGAUUUGUAGUCAAAUUAUUUGAUUUUUUUGUUCCCCGUUGUUCCUUUCCAUUUACGACUAGAUUGUACAUUCUGACCAUUUAUAAUACGAAAAUUAAGAGAAGCAACCAAUAAAUUUCUGAAACGAAAGCGAAUUGUAACGAAUUGUGUAAGACGACGAAGAUAGACGACGCAACAAAUAGCAAACUACUACUAUCUACCACAAAACAAGGAGUUAUUGAAUUACUAUUAACCACGGCACGAUGAUUAAACAAAAUGGAAGAACAGUCAAAGUGAAUUACAAUGUACCAAAUUAACGUGAAUGCAGCAAUUAUCAAUUAAAUUUAAACGGUAUAGCACAAUUAUUAUUCACAAACAAAUUAAUAACAACUGAUGAAACAAAAAAAAAGCUAAAAACCAUACUUAUGGAAACAGAUCAGUUACAGAAACAAAACAAAAAGCACACACACUCAAAGCCCAUAGAAGACAUGGAGAUUUCAAAAUGAGUUUACCCAACAUGGUAUGAAACAGUUAUCGGUAGAGAUGGUUUACCAAAAAAAAAAA